CAGUCAACACUUCCUGAUAGACAGAGAGUAUGUUAUCUCUCUAACUCAGUGUCCUCCAGCUCAGCUCACAGGUGUUCAUCACAUUCAUCCUGCAUGGACUGCAACUGUACCAACUUCCUGUCAGAGACAUUUUUUAUACUGACUCCACUGGAUCACUAAAGGACAUUAUCAAGUCUUGACUAAAAGACUCCCGUUUUGGAAGAUUGGAAGGCUCUGCUUUUUGUGGAUCUAGUGAUGAAUUACGGUCACGGCGGGGUUUUUAACCCAGCCUAUCACGACAGUGAGACGCUGGAAAUUGACAGAAGAUUUUCCAGAAAACCACCGCAUGCCAAUCCUUAUGCAGGAGAUGACCCAAAUGGUGCUGAAUGGAGAGCACCCAGAGAAGGAUGGGGUGGGAGAGUAAACAUCCCUAUGGGGCCCAUGUCCACACACACAGGAAGUCCUUCAUGGCAGCAUGACCUCAGUCACAGCACAUUUCAGAUUGAUCAAGACCGUAUGUACGAUCGAUUACCACCUGUUCGCCCUUAUUCCUCAGCUGCAGGCAAUAUGACAAUGAGAUGGAGAGGAUUAACGAUGAGACGAAUGAGUGUGUUUCCUAAUAGUGAUCCGGCUCAUGCAGCUUUCACAGAAGAUGCCAUCAUGAGCGAGAUGGAAAAUGAGGAACAAGACCUUGUAAAGGAGCUUGUUGCUUUGUCAAUAACGGAACAAAUCAAGAAGAUCCGUGAGCUACCAAGGAGCUUUGAAGAGAAGAAACAUAUUAGGAGACAGGUAAGAGCACUGAAGUCUUCAGAACGGUCUCGCCAGUUCACCUGUUUGUCAAAUUGCUCUAAAAAUAUGUCACUGUCGAUGCGAAGAUUUGGUUACAGUGUAAAAUCAGCAAAGCAGACCCUGGAGCUUUGGCACAGCACCAUGAAGGAGAUUGGGGGCAAAUUUGGCUCCAGUGUCCUCAACUAUUUUGUGCUCCUGAAGUGGCUCCUCAUGUUCAACAUUUUCUCCUUCCUGAUCAACUUUGGCUUCAUUACCAUCCCACUCCUUAUCUAUGACCAUUCACCAAACACACCUGCAAACAUGACCUUCAGAGGACUAGAGUUACUGACUGGAGCUGGGUAUUUCAACUAUACUAUCAUGUACUACGGCAGCUACAGCAAUGAAACAGUUGAUGGCCUGGUAAAUUACGACAUGAAGCUGGCCUAUUUCUUCACCAUCUCAGUCUAUAUGGUGCUUUGUGGAAUCGUGCUCAUUUUCAGCAUGGCAAGCUCAUUUAAGAAAAACUAUGCCAUGGCAGACCCAUCAUCAAACAGUGCAUGGCAGCUUUUACACAGCUGGGAUUUUAGCAUUACCAAUGAGAAUGCAGUAAACCAGCGUAAGAACAACAUACGAAUCCAGCUAAAGGAGUCUUUAGCGGAAAAGGCACACAUAGAGCAAAAAACGCUUCCUGAAAAACUGCAGCAAUAUGGGAUUUAUCUUGGCUCCUGGCUUCUCUCAACGGGUUUAGCUGUUGCCUGUGGAGUUAGCAUCUUCUACCUCUGCAAAUAUGAAGAUAAGCAGACGGUAGACACUGAAAGGUGGUCUCUACAACAGGAAGCUGAGACCCUCCUGGUUCCCUUUGUGGUGUCUUUGAUGAAUAUGGUUGUUCCACUCCUAUUCUCCCUCUUCAACAAGUUUGAACACUACUCCAGCCAGAGCAAACAGAUCUAUGCCUUGUUAUUCAGAAAUGUCUUACUGAGGAUCUCCAUUUUGGGAGUUUUGUGUUACCACUGGAUGAAUGUGGUUCCUCUGAAAUUUACAUGCUGGGAACCAAUGGUCGGACAAGCUUUGUACCGUUUGGUCAUCGUUGAUUUCAUUUUUCUGAUGUUGGGAUCCUUCUUUGGAGAGUUUCUCAGCAAUGUUAUUGGGACCAAAAUACAACCGCGACUGGGUGUACCAGAGUUUGACGUAGCCAGAAAUAUUUUGGAGAUCAUAUACGCCCAGACUUUAGCCUGGAUUGGAAUCUACUUCUCUCCUCUGCUACCUGUCAUCCAGAUUCUGAAAUUCUUCAUCUUGUUUUUCAUUAAAAAGGUCAGUUUGACCCAGAACUGCCAGCCUCCACGGCGAUCAGGCAGAGCAGCUCAAAUGAAAACCAUUAUCAUAUUUCUCCUCUUCUUCCCUUUCUUCGUGGGUGCCCUGUCAAUUGUUGCGUACACUUCCUGGAGUCUGACUCCCUCGGAGGGGUGCGGCCCUUUUCGGGGACUCAACAGAACGUUUGGUGUGAUUGAAGGGUGGAUAGAUGAUGUAGACAAAAACUUUCCUGGCUCUAAGUGGGCUGUAUGGAUCUAUGACAAUGUCAUCAAGAGUGAACUGUUCUUCUUUCUUAUCACACUCAUUAUCCUUGUCAUCAUAUACAUCUUCUGGCAGCUCGCUGAGGGCCGCAAGGAGCUCAUCAUUCUUCUCAGAGAGCAGAUUGUUAACGAGGGGCAAGAUAAGUCCUUCCUGUUAGACAGGCUUCAAAACCUGCAGAGAUCUGGUCCUAAAGUGAAUAACCAACCGAAAAAACAGAAAACUCGGACCAAACCAGGUUCAGCUUUCUCUGGAAGUCCGUCCAACUCAAACGCAGUGGUUCAGGUUCUACUUGCUCGCCAGCAGGUGGAAGAACAGGAAAGACGCAGUGUCAGGGGGUCGUCAGUUCCAUUAGACAUAUCUACCACUGAUGCUAUGACACAAGCCAUUCUAGCACGUCAGAAAGCCGAAAGAGAGGAUGAAAAUGUUUAUAACAUUGCUGACGAAAACCCUCCUUCCCUCAAUGCAGUCACACAGAGCUUGGCAGCCAGACAGAGGGCCGAAGAGAAUGACCAAUACUGGAGCACGACUAACCUUAAUCAAAGUAACCCAGUUAAUAGACUCAGUAUGCGAGCAGGGCAAAGAGCUGAAGGGGGCAGGGGAGAGGAUUCAUAUGAUAGUCCAUCCUCAGCAUCAAAUGUAAUGGCACAAGUCAUGCAAGCCAGGCAGAGAGCAGAGGAAGAGGAAAGGAAUCAGUGGACCGGUGCCCCUGGGCAAAACCCCGCUCCUUCUGGCUCCAGCGCUCUCAUCCAGGCCAUGUUGGCCCGGCAGCAGGUGCAGGACGAAUAUGAUGAUGGUUACUGAACAAGAGCCUCAGACUCUAUCCUCAACACAAUGUUGGAAUAUAUUUUUGUGGUAAAAUCAAAUAUAGUGUUAUAUAUCUAACCGAAAUUUAAAAAAUUUGAUAC